UUGAUCUAGUAAUAUGGGGAAAGAAACGACAGUUGGGCUCUAGAUUAUUUCAUUGACGUUCGAAAUAUUUCCCAACCGAAUUCCACGUUAAUUCGUGAAACUAUACUUAGUGCUAUUGUCUUCAAGUGAAAAAAUUAGUCUGGAAAACAAAUGGCCAGGCUAAGAACGGAGAACACGUACGUCUUUGUUCCAUUAUUCCUCGUUUUGAUUGCCUCUCCUCUGACGUCAACGUCGCACAUCACGUUGACCACCGAUGGCUACCAAAAUGUGGUGGUUGCCAUCGACGAGAAUUCCGGAUUCACCAGUUGCCAGCAAGACUUGGAGAACAUCAAGGAAUUGAUACGGAACACUUCCGUCAGCUUUGGUCAAGGUUUGGAACGUCCGGCUUACUUUGGUGAUGUUACCAUUAUUCUGCCCGAUUCUUGGGUCAGCGAUCCGAUUUGUUCCACUUUGAUGACGUCGACCAAUAUCACACUGUUGCCUUGGGCCAGGAGCCACAGUGCGGAUAUUCGAUUCACGCCGAAUCAUCCGGUAUUUGGUAACCAACCUCAUUCGUUCCAGUACGGAGGAUGUCAAGAACCUGGCUUGUCCAUCAACGUUCCAUCGACAUUCGUUUCCAAACUUCACUGAUGUAACCAAAGGAUUAUGGCUCGUGAGUGGGCUCAUUAUCGUUACGGUGUUUUCGACGAGGGUGGAAUGCCGGAUGAUGAGCGCCAUCCCUCUGGCUACAUGAUGUUCCAGACUGAAAGUUCCGAUAAAGUCGUGCGCGCCAAUACUUGCUCCGGAGGCAAAACCCUGCGGGGAGAAUGGAAUAAUGAGGAAUGCAAAUCGACCAAUUCGGGGAAUUCCAGUUGCGAGUUCCAACCUGAUGUUUACAAUCCAGACAUCACGUCCUCGUUGAUGUACCGGCCGGAUCUGAAUAACAUGGAGAAGUUUUGCACGAAAGAAAAUCACGAUGAUGGCGUGCCGAGUAAAUUGAGUUACCAUUGUGGCAGUCUCAGUUCUUCCGAUGUUAUCUACAAACACCCGGAUUUCACGUCGGGAGUCACGCCCGCCAAUGCCUCGGCUGAAAUUGCCUUCAGCGUCAUCCAGAAUCCGUUCAGCGGCUAUCACGUCAUCCUUGACAUUGCCUCUUUCAGCAAUAAACUAUUGUUUGACCAAGCAAGGAAUUCUCUUAUGCAAUUCAUCGCCUUCCUAUUGGAUCCUGUCUUGCUGUCCAUCGACACGUACGAUGGUGUCAAUGUCAGCGAAUUACAACCGCCCGUUUACUUGGAUACCACGAUGUUGGAGCCUCUGUUACUGACACUGGAAAGUGUUAACUACGUCACUGGCAGCCCAAAUGACUUCGGUGUUGCCCUCGAAAGAGCACAAACGCGAGUUUUGGACAAGGACGUCCUCCUUUUGACUGCAGUACAAACUAUUCCAGAUCUGACUGAUUGGAUCACGUCGUACGAUGAAAAUAAAGUGAUUGUCCAUCUUGUCCAUUUCGGCGUAUCGACAGCCAAAGUGGAAAUGGCCCAGUUGGCCAGCUACGGUAGCGUGCACGUCAUACCGAACGUUGCCAACAGCAAUCUGAUGAAUCCGUACACCUGGGCCGUGAACACAUUGCAAUCAAUCUACGGAAAGACUAGAAGCUAUCGUGCCAAAAUUUUCGAACAAUCCGUCAUCAAGACUAAUUCAUCCGAUAUGAUUAAAACGGGAUAUUUUUACCUGGACAGCCCGGCAUCCAAGUUGCUCGUUUCACUCUAUUGUCUAAACACUGAACAAUCAUUGGACGUCGAUUCAGUCAGCAUUUUUCAACCGGAUGGAUAUCCAGUGAGGAAUGAAACUACCGUAAAUGACUUAAUCUCAACGGAUGAUUUCUAUACGUUUGUAGUUGGACGAUAUCAAGCGGUGACACUGCCACCGGGAAUGUGGAGCUAUGAAAUCAAAUUGGAUUUUAAAGUAACUCAGCAGAUCGUGCACCGACUGGACAUUUGGGCUGAAGCAGCCGAUUCGUCUCAAGUGCAGGUGCGAACCUGGAACACCGCCCUAGAUAACCAGCCAUUAGAUUACACCAAAUCGCCCGUAGGCCUCUACGCCCAGGUGACGCAAGAUCGAAAACCAGUACGGGGAGCCAACGUCACUGCCUAUGUUUACGUCACUGAUGGAGCAACAUCCAAUCUAUUUACCACAAUCCCAUUACUAGACGAAGGCAUUUCAGAUGUGACAUCCGGUGAUGGAAUCUACUCUGCCUGGUUGACCACUCCGUCCAGUACGUCACACAGCUAUUCCGUCUACUACCAGGCGUACGGGAUCAACAGCUUGGCUGUCACAGACAACGGAACGUACACCAGGCCGCCCACGACGGGCAGCGUCAUCCCAAUGUCGAAUCCCAUUCCAGCUGCCACUCAAUUCAAUCGUUACGAAUACGGACCCAGUUUCCAGUUGGCGGCUUUGCUAUCGAGCAGUUUCGACCUGAUCCGGCCUCAACGAGUCACUGAUCUCACUGUCCUCUCUUAUGACGUGUCAUCCAGGAUUGCCGAAUUGGGCUGGACUGCUCCAAGGGAUAAUUACGGAAGCGGAGAUAUUGUUACGAGAUUUAGACUGUAUCAAUCCAUCGGUUCAGCAGACUCUAAUUUCACGGAAUACACUACACCCAUCAGCGCGGACGGAUCAGUUAAUUUAACUGUCCAAGUGCCUUACCUUUCCGAAGGUGAAUACGUCAAGUAUCGAGUUGCUGGUAAAGAUUCUUCAAACAACAUGGCAGACCCAUCAAACGUCGUUUCAAUGACCGGUCCCGCCAUUUCGACCGGAGGCAUUUCGAAUUCCACCAUGUGGGCUUUAAUCGGCGUCGCUAUCGCAAUCCUUCUCAUCAUCCUCAUUAUCGUCCUAACACGUUGGUGUUGUCCAGUCGAAGCUAAACGGAGACAAAGACAAGCCAAACGUAAAAUGCGUCAAUGGUUUUCAUGCGGGGACAAGACGGCCAAACGGGCGGACACUGCGCCGACUACCAGGUACCAAUCACCUCCGCCAACGAUCCAACAGUGGAACUCACCGACCAUUAGCCAAGACGGCGAAUUGCCAGCGGUUAGGAGCGAUAGUAACGCAUCGACGACACCCCAGCCUCAAGUGGAACUUCGUCAGAAAACAGCUGAUCCUGUCAGGACUUCGACUUACGGCUCGGAACGCAUUUACUUCGGUCAAGAAGACAUUGACAGGAUUAAAUCAGGCCCUCGUAGCGAAACAUAUUCAGAAAGGCCAACGGAGAUAAUUAAACCACGUGUUUACGCCCGGCCGUUCAAACCCAAUGAAGCGAUAAACAGGCCGAUGGGUAACCAGCCGGCCAGCAGGGGUUACCCGUACAACUCGAACAAGCCGCUUUCCAUGUCCGAGACGAAUUUGUACUACACCGAUGUCGCACUCCGUCCACCUGCUGCCCAGUCAGCUAAAUCUUCUCCCAGCAAUUCUUACCUGUCCGUCUACGCUGAGCAGAGGGCCGAUGUAGUCCCUCCACAACAAUCGGCGCAGUCCAGCCUGGCCAAUACGCUGCGCAACGGAAUGAGGGGUAACGAAGAAUGGCAGGAUUCCAACAGUUUCAUUUACACCGAUCCUCGUUUCGACGGCCAAUCCAAAGGUCCAAGCAGCUUUGAUCCGCAAUUGCAUCCGGCCAACCAAAACGGACUUCCACCGCCUUUGCCAUCCGUACCACCGCCGUUUCCUGCUCGAACUUACAAUGUUGAUAUGGGUUAUGACGGUGACUACCGGUCCAGCCAUCUGUCGGUCGAUCGUAACGAUGCCGAUCAACAAGCGAUGAGCAGAUCGUCCAGCAAACCAUCUUUAGUUUCGGCCGUCUAAAAAAUGUUCGCUUUUGUUUUUCCCCUAUUCAUUAAAGCGGAAAUAAUUAAUUUUCAAGCACAUUCUUUUUUCGUUUAACUUUUGCAUUCUUACCAUAUAGCACGCCCCCAACCUGCAAAAUUAACAACUAAACAAUUUCUUGAAUAAAAUUCCAUUUUUGUAUCCACUAAAUCUUUAUCGGGAAAUAAAUACAUUUUUUUUUGUGU